GGCGAUCGUCCUGCGUGCUGGAAUUCGUUUGGAAUCGUCAAUUUCACCGUUGGAAGACGCAAGCAUGUCGCAGGCACAGGCACAGAACGACCCCCCUCCCAUCCUUGCCGCUUCCGUACACGAUGUCCGAUACUUUGCAUCCAUCAUGCGCGGCAUCAACUUCAGUAAUCGGGCCACGCUCACCGCGCGUGAAACCGGCCUUACCAUCCAUGUCGAGGAAGCCCGAACACUGUUAGCCACCGCAUACAUCUUCGCCGGCAUGUUCGACGAAUAUCAAUACAGCCCCGACGUUGCUGCUCCACCCUCCCAACCGGCGACGCCUCGAUCCACGGCCUUAUCAGCCGCAGACGUUCCUGAAACGAUCUUCGAGGUGCCUCUCAACACCCUCGUCGAAUGCCUCAACAUCUUCGGCACCGCCGGACCGCCGCCCAAUCCAAACAGCACCAAGGCAAGGACGGCGAAGUUGAAAUCCGCUGAGGACGAGGAGGGCGGAGGCGGCGAAGACAGAAACCAGCGAGGACCGCUUGACAAGUUCAUCGCGUCCGCCAGCGGGGACGCGAAGAGCACAGCCAUGCGCAUGACAUUUGCUGGGCUGGGACACCCGUUGUCGCUACAUAUUGUCGAAGAAUCCGGCGGACCGACAGCGAUUUGCGAGCUUUCGACACUCGAUCCUGAAACGGUACUAGAACUACCCUUCGACUCGGACGCGACCGUGCUGAAGAUCAUCCUCAACCCGUCUUGGCUUCGUGACGCACUCUCCGAGCUGGACCCAUCAUGUGACAAGAUCACCUUCAUCGGGAACCCGCCGCCAGUAUCUGCAGCGCCUCAGCGGGCAUCCGCCAAUAGAACUCCAAAACCGUCGUUCAGUAUCAAGGCCGCUGGGACGUUCGGGAGCAGCGAGAUGGAUUACCCGAACGAUAAGGAGGUGAUCGAGUCCAUCGAAUGCUCCGCCACUGUCAGCUUCACAUACCGAUUCAGCCAUCUAUCGCGCGUUCUGCGGGCGCUAUACAGUUGUACAAAGACUUCGUUGCGUAUUGAUGACGAGGGACUGCUGAGCAUGCAGUUCCUGAUGCCAACGGGAAAGAUACAACCGAUGGGAACAAGCAAUGCCUUCAUAGAAUUUCGAUGCUUGUCCCUCGACGAAGAUAUGUAACUCGCGCUGGAAAUAAUGGUACCUUGUAUUCUUGAUGUGACAACAAAAAAACUUCUCUCCGUAAUCAAAACAUGCACACUCGCGAGAAUUAUGCGUCGAGACUGCUAAUACACCUCACGUUACUGCGUUCGCCCACGUUAUGCGCCGUAGUUGAGACGGAAGAUGUCGUUGAAUACGUAGUAGCUUCCGCCGUCGGGGAUCAGCUGGAAGACCUGGCUGAAUUGGAGAGGAUUCUGGCCGUCGUCGACGAGGAGCAGGCCGGUCACGUUCACGAUGAGACUCGCGACGGUCGGCGAAGACGGCUGGGCGUCCAAUGUCGUGACUUUGUGCUGGACCUUCUGGAAAGGCAGGCUCGUCAACUUCUCUGCGAUCGCGGCCGCCCCCUGGAACGGUGAGCCCUCGAAGGACAGCAUGGAGCUAUCGCGGUAGAGGGACGCGAGGCCGGAGCGAUCGGCGUCAAAGGUGUUGUAGUAGAAAUCGGUGAACUGCUUCGCAAUGGCGUUGAUGUCGGCCAUGGUGGAGAGCGUAUAUAGCGGCAGUCGAGGAGGGUAUAAGCGAGGGUGGUCAGAUCCUUUAGCACG